UGCACGCCUGCAUUGCAAUAUCAUUGGUCGGGUUAUUGCGGGGUAUAGGAACAGGACCCCAACGAUGAUUGGUGUGCAACACGGCAUAAACCAACCAAUCAAAUACACGCAACCCCAAAAAGCCCAUCGACGUCAUCGGCGCCUCAGGUCAGGAUCCAGAAUAUUGACGGGACAGUGAGACACAUGCCCAAAAACAACCCACAUACCAACCAUGCCGUCCCCAUCAGAUCUCACAGCCUGGUGCUCAGAGGGGAAUCUCAGCGGCGUUCGCGAUUUCCUCGAACAAGACUUUGCCCUGCUUCCGCCAGAAGGACGAAUAGAGUACUGCGGCCACGCCUCCAAACCAUGUGACCAUGUGCCCUGUCGCGAGAAGAUCACGCAGAUGGCAGUCGCAGCCGCAGAGGGCGAUCAAGAUGAGGUGUUCGCAUACCUAUGGGACAUGUAUCUUGCAGCUGAGGGCGCGGAGAUCCCGUGGCCGGCGCUGAAGGCUGCGGCUCGACAUGGCUCGGUCCCGUUAGCAGAGGCGUUCUACUGUCGCGAUCCGACGUGUUUCACGAAGUCGGUGCUCAAGGCACCGCAUGGUCGCGUGCUGGGUGGUAGUCAAAUUAAAGUCGCGUUGUUGAAGGAUCAUUUGCAUUAUAUUGACUUUCUGCUGGCGCAUGGUGCGGAUAUCAAUGCGGAGUUUCCGGAGCAGAGUCCUGUGCGGGCAGCUGUGAGGUGUGAUGUUGAUGAUGAUACUGUUAUUAAGCGUAUUCGAUUCCUGGUUGAUCGAGGGGCGUGGGUGAAGGGAUCGGGCUCUCUGAAAGCAGCAGCAGGGCUAGGGAGACUGGACGCAGUGGCAUUCCUGAUCGAAAAUGGUGCAGAUGUGGAUGACCUGGGAGACGAAUCAAAUGAGAUGUACCGAAACAAGACUUCGGCGCUGCUGGCGGCAGCAGAGAACGGCCAUGAAGGCAUCGUUCGCCUUCUCGUACAGUUCGGUGCCAAUGUGAACCAUAAGGAUGAUUCAGGCCGGUCUGCUGUGGACUUGGCCGAGAGCAACGGCCAUUGUCGAGUUGCGGACCUUUUGCGACAAGCAUAGUUAGCGCGGAGCAUUGGGAGUCUGUGAAGAUUGUACGCUGGAAUGGUUUGGGUUUUUACGUUUAUAAUGUAGGGCACAUUAGCGAGCAGUUGCAUUGUAUAGCAUUGAUUGU